CAUGAUGUAUGUAAAAUCCUCGCGUCCCCAUUGGCCAAUCCCAUCCAUCCGCUUACUACUCUGCCGACCACCCGCUCCGUAACAUUUACCUGUUCUCCCUCGCUUAACCUCCCUCCUCCUACGAAAUUUAAUGCGGCUCUCACCAAACCUCUAGCUCCAAUCUCGAACCUCAGACCUCCUCCCAGCUGUCACUCACCAAAGACAUCCAACCUCACCGACCCUCACUCUCUUUCACAUCCUCCCACCACACUCACACCACCGUCACAAUGCUCCGCACUCCCAUCACCCGCGCCGUCGGCGCCGCUGCGCGCUCGUCCGUCAUCGCCCGCCCCGUCCAGUCCCGCGCCGCCCACGCCAUCUCCAACCCAACCCUCGCCAACAUCGAGCGUCGCUGGGAGCAGAUGCCACCGCAGGAGCAGGCCGAUGUCUGGAUGGCCCUGCGCGAUCGCAUGAAGACCAAUUGGGCUGAGCUGACCCUGCAGGAGAAGAAGGCCGCUUACUGGAUUGCCUUCGGUGCCCACGGUCCCCGUGCCGUCGCGCCCCCAGGAGAGGGAUGGAAGGUCCUCGGAUACACACUCGCCGGUAUUGUCGUCUCCUUCGGUCUCUUCGCCGGUGUCCGCAGCUUCGCCAGAGGCCCACCAGCCACCAUGACCAAGGAGUACCAGGAGGCAUCGAACGAGUACCUUCUCGCCCAGAACUCCGACCCCAUCAGCGGUCUCUCCUCGGAAGGCUACAAGGGCCCCGGAAUGGUCCAGUCCCCACCGGCCGCGAAGCAGUAAAGCAUCUCUCUGCCCGGCUACGACGAAUAAUAGACUCUUGUACUGUACAACCUCGAACCCGAUUCUCGGCGCACACACGGCCGUUAUCCGCGUUUGCCGCGCAUUUUCACUUGUUCCCGCGGUUUUUCUUUUGUUGAUGGUGAGCGGCGGAAGGGGCCGGGAGAGUCGGCUUGGAUUUGUACAAAGAUGGUUUUGAGAGGGGAAG